AAGCGCUCCGGGAUGUUCGGCGGAAGGAUAUAUUUAGAGGAUUGUUGUGUGGGAACCCCAAAUUCAAACCUGUGCAAUUCCGUUCACCAGCAUCAUAAUGUCAACAAAUGUAGAAGAAGAGAAGGACUGAUUGACUUCUGAGGAGAAAUUAUAAACCGCAGUGUAACCAGCAAGACAAGACUUGUUCCACUGCAUGAGUGAUCAAGAGCACCAAAUCUGGGAAGACCUUUGGCCAGUCACACAGUCAGAGAAGAUGGUUCACCAGUCACAUCAGACUGAAACCGUAUGCUUGUUCUGCACGUUAGUAAGGUUUUAAUGAACCACCUUGGAGAUAAACUUUAUAAAUUAUUUUUCAUUCUGAAGGAGGGAGCAGAUAUUUGUUUGAUUAAAAGCAAUAGACAAUGAGGGGUGUUGAUGCCAAGUAGCAAUACUCCAUUCCAACUGGAAACAUAUAGUUACUUUGUGUCUGAACUGAAGUUUCCAGUUUUCUUUGGUUAAAAUGUCUUUGUACUAGAAUCAUUGAUCCAGGACCUUGAGAACACAACAGCACGUCUAGGACAUUCUUCUCCUCCAGGUCCUCUCUCAAAGAACCCGCAAUGUCAUCUGAUCUGAUGAGACACCAGCCAGUUUUUUCCAGAAAGAAAUCAUUAAAGUGUUCUGUGUGUGGGAAAGGAUACAAUGCUCUAACCAGCCUCAAGGUACAGCAACAAGUUCAUUCAGGAGAGAGGCCUUUCACCUGCUCUGACUGUGGGAAGGGAUUCACUCAGUCAUCAGACUUGAUGAAAAACCAGCAAGUUCCUGCUGGGGAGAAACCUUUUAUCUGUUCUGAGUGUGGGAUGGGAUUCACUUGGUUGUCCAGCCUGGUGACUCACCGGCGAGUUCACACUGGGGAGAGGCCAUUUACUUGUUCGGAAUGUGGGAAGGGAUUCACUCAGUCAUCCAGCUUUUGUACACAUCAGCAGGUUCACACUGGGGAGAGGCCGUUCACCUGUUCCGUCUGUGGGAAAAGGUUCAAUCACCCAUCUAACUUGCAGAGGCACCAGCGACUUCACACUGGGGAAAGGCCGUUCAGCUGCUCAGAGUGUGGGAAGGGAUUCACUCAAUCAUCACAUCUGCAGGAACACCAGCGGGUUCACACUGGGGAGAAGCCCUUCAUCUGCUCUGAGUGCGGGAAGGGAUUCACUCGGUCAUCACAUCUUCAGGAUCACCAGCGCGUUCACACUGGGGAAAAGCCGUUCAUCUGCUCCGAAUGUGGGAAGGGAUUCACUCAGUCGUACAGCCUGAUGAUACACCAACGAAUCCACACUGGUGAGAGGCCAUUUGCCUGCUCUGAGUGUGGGCAGGCAUUCAGUAGAUCAGACAGCCUGUUGAUACACUUGCAAGUUCAUUCUGGGGAGAGGCCCUUCAUCUGCUCCCAGUGCGGGAAAGGAUUUAUUCAAUUAUCGGACCUGAAGACACACCAACGAGUUCACACGGGGGAGAGGCCGUUUAUCUGCUCUGAAUGUGGAAAGGCAUUCACUCAGUCAUCCAGCCUAAGGACACACCAACGGGUGCACACCGGGGAGAGGCCGUUCACGUGUUUUAGGUGCGGGAAGAGAUUCACCCAGUCGGCUGGUCUUUGGAAGCACCAGCGCGUUCACAAGUGACCACAGGAGCUGGGUUCUCCAGUUGUUGCUCAUGAUAAUCACGUCCAGGGUUGGAUCACACUCACUGUCCCAGCCUGUCUUCACUACUGAGGUUAACAGCUCCUGCAGCUGGGCUGAGUUUAAUGCGAUGAUGGUGGUCAUUGUGGGAGGAGGGGUGACAGUCGAAGGGCUGGGAAAGGAGAAUUAAACCAGGGAGCCGUGCCUUUCAGCAGUACGGUGGUAAAUAAUUCCUGCGUUUACAAGUCAGCAACUCUUUCUCAAGUGGGAUUUAAUGUUUUGUAAAUUUGAAAUAGAAGAUGAAUGUAUAUUUGUUAAGUGAGGGGUUAAGGGGUAUGCAGCAUGUUGGGCAUUUGGAAUUGGGUCAAAGAUCGGGCACAGAUGAAUGAAGAGGCUGUGGGUAGGGAGAGGAGGUGAAUCACAGAAUUGUUACUGCACUGGUGCAGGUCAUUCAAAACCCACUCUGCAUCAACAAUCCAGUCAGUCUUAUUCCCAGCUCUCUCCUUGUAAUCCUGCAAUUUUCCCAUCUCGGGAAUCUGCUGAAAGCUUUUGAAGAUUCCACCUCCCGUUGGGGCAGUGAGUUCCAGACUGAGACCACUCACUGCAUGAAAUUGUUUCUCCCUGCACCAUCCAUGGCCAACCGUUUUACAGCAAAUCCCCUGCUUCUCCUCCUUUCCACUAAUGGCACCGGCUUCACUUUCUCCAUUGUCUGGACCUCUGGUGAGUAGUUUACAGAAAAGUACAGCACAGUACAGGCCCUUCAGCCCACAAUGUUGUGCUGACCUUCUAACCUAUUCCACCAUCCCUCUGGCACAGCCCUCCAUUUUUCUUUUACCCAUGUGCCUAUCAGAUGUAUCAGUAUUACAGUGGAGUAAAGGGAAUUACAGAGGGAUGACCAGAAAAGAACUCUGGCAGAGAUGACGACAGAGCAGCAAUGGGUGGAAUUUCUGGAAGCAAUCCAGAAGGUACAGGAUAUAUACGUCCCAAAGAGGAAGAAGUAUUUUAAAGGCAAGAUGAAGUAUUCAAAAGGGAAGGAAAGUCAAGACCAACAUAAAAGCCAAAAAGGGGGCAUAUAAUAGAGCAAAAAUUAGUGGGAAGUUAGGGGAUUGGGAAGCUCUUAAAUACCAACAGAAGGCAACUAAAGUGUUAUUAAAAGGUAAAGAUGGAAUACAAAAGUGAUCUAGCCAAUAAUAUUAAAAAAUGAUACCAAAACUUUUUUUCAAAUAUAUAAGGAGCAAAAUAGAGGUGAGUGGAUAUCGGACUGCUGAAAAAUGAUGCUGGAGAGGUAGUGAUGGGAGACAAGGAAAUGGCAGAUGAACUGAAUAAAUAUUUUGCAUCAGUCUUCAAAGUGGAAGACACUAGCAGUAUGGUGGAAGUUCCAGGUGUCAGGGGUCAUGUGCAUGAAGUUACCAUUACCAGAGAGAAGGUUUUUGGAAAAAUAAAAGGUCUGGAGGUAGAUAGGUCACCUGGACCAGAUGGUGUACCCUCCAGGGUUCUGACAGAGGUGGCUGAAGAGAUUGUGGAGGCAUUAGUAAUGAUCUUUCAAAAUCACGAGAUCCUGGAAUGGUUCUGGAAGAUUGGAAUAUUGCAAAUGUUAUUCAACUCUUCAAGAAGGGAGAGAGGCAGAAAAAUGGAAAUUAUAGGUCAGUUAGUCUGACCUCAAUGGUUGGGAAGAUGUUGGAGACAAUUGUUAAGGAUGUGGUUUUGGGGUACUUGGAGGCACAUCAUAAAAUAGGGCGUAGUCAGCAUGGUUUACUCAAGGGAAAAUCAUGCCUGACAAAUCAGUUGGAACUCUUUGAAGAAAUAACAAUCAGGAUAGACAAAGGAGAAUUGGUCGAUGUUAUGCACUUGGAUUUUCAGAAGGCCUUUGACAAAGUGUCACACAUGAGGCUACUUAACAAGCUACGAGCCCAUGGUGUUACAGGAAAUUUUUUUAUCAUGGAUAAAGCAGUGGCUGAUUGACAGGAGGCAAAGAGUGGGAAUAAAGGGAGCCUUUUCUGGUUGGCUGCCAGUGACUAAUAGCGUUCCACAGGGGUCUGUGUUGGGAUUGAUUCUUUUUACUUUAUAUGUCAGUGAUUUGGAUGAUGGAAUUGAUGGCUUUGUUGCAAAAUUUGCAGAUGAUAUGAAGAUAAGUGGAGGGGCAGGUAGUUUUGAGCAAAUAGGGAGGAGGAGAAUGGGCAAAGAAGUGGCAGAAGGAAUGUAGUGUUGGAAAGUGUAUGGUCAUGCUCUUUGGUAGAAGAAAUGAACGAUUUGUCUAUUUUCUAAAUGGAGAGAAAAUACAAAAAUCUGAGAUGCAAAGAGAUUUGGGAGUCCUUGUGCAGGAUUCCCUAAAGGCUAAUUUGCAGGUUGAGUCUGUGGCGAGGAGGACAAAUGCAAUGUUUGCAUUCAGUUUAACAGGACUCUGAUAUAAAAUCAAGGAUGUAAUAUUGAUACCUUAUAAAGUAUUGAGCAUUUUUGGGCCCCUUAAAGUACUUAAACUGGAGAGGGUUCAAAGGAGGUUCAUGAAAAAGAUUCUAGGAUUAAACGGCUUGUCAUAUGAAGAGUGUUUGAUGGUGGGCCUGUAUUCACUGGAAUUUAGAAGAAUGAGGGGUGACCUAAUUGAAACCUAUCGAUUGGUGAAAGGCCUUGAUAGAGUGGAUGUGGAGAGAAUGUUUCCUAUGGUGGGAGAGUCUAAGACCAGAGGACACAGCCUCAGAGUAGAGGGGCUUCCUUUUAGAAUGGAGAUGGGGAGGAAUUUCUUUAGCCAGUGAGUGGUGAAUCUGUGGAAUUUGUUGCCUUAACAGCUGUAGAGGCCCUUUAUGUCUAUUUAAAGUACAGGUUGAUAGAUUGUUGAUUUGAAAGGGCAUGAAAGGAUAUGGGGGAGAAAGCAGGAGAUUGCAGCUGAGAGGAAAAAUGGAUCAGCCAUAAUGAAAUGUCAGAGCAGACUCAAUGAGCCAAAUGGCCUAAUUUUGCUCCUAAAUAUUAUGGUCAAUCUGAGAGUCUCUUGAAUAUCUCUUAAAUGGGGUACUUCGUAAAUAUUAAUAGUCCUAGAAAUAGUGGAAGUGGAGAGGAUGCUUCCAAUAGUCGGACAGUCUAGAACCAGAGGGCACAGCCUCAGGUUGGAAGAAAAUCCCUUUUGAAUUGAGAUGACGAGGAAUUUCUUUACCCAGAGGGUAGUGAAUCUGUGGAAUUCAUUGCCAUAGAUGGGUGUGGAGGACUAAUCAUUUUUGGGUAUAUUUAAAGUGGAGGGAAGUUCAUAGGUUCUUUGGACACUUUAUUCAGAUGAUCGUUCCUGUCCUCCUGAGAGAAUACAGGGCCCACAGUGUAAUAUCUCACCUGGACAAGGUUCCCUCUGAAAGUCCAUCGUUCUCCUAGCACUGUGCAAGAAGUUGGAUUGUUGUGUAUGAGUCUCAGGAACUAGAGAGGAAACUGAACCUUGAGCCCCACAGGUCAGAGUGCAGCCACUAAAUCCCAGCUGACCAGAGAAAUUAGAAAUCUCUACUCAGAAUUUCUCUCCCACCCUUAUUGAUGGCUUUUGGAUUCUCCUCCAUAGAUGCUGCCUGACCUGCUAUGUUCCGACAGCAUUUUGUGUGUGUUGCUCUGGAUUUCCGAUACUCAUCCACGUAGUGCUCUCUAGCUCUUCAAUGGAAAAACUGCCUGCUUGAGCCAAAAAUGUCAAAUUGUGACUGGUCAGCCCAGAGUAUUUGUUGCCAUUGUUGAAUAGCGCAGUCCUUGCGUUUUUGUGCAUAGGUGAGUCUCUUGGCUUUGUUACCACUUUGCAAGAAUUGCUUUUUGGCAUGAAGACCCCUUUGGACAAAGCUUCUCCGGACUUUGAAAGGGUGUACUUGGGUUCCAGUGGUUUCUGUGAGUUCAAAGCUGAUAGGAGUGCUGGACGACUUCCAGUUUGGAAGGGGUGUCAGUCUGAUGUAUCUGUCAUCUGCUGCGCUCAGUUCCCAUGGCCAGCCACUGCAUUUCUGGUUCUUUACCUUGCCCACUACUCCGUGCUUCUUGAAACUCCUGUCUGCCAUGAAAUAUCUGCUUGGGAGAUCCUUGCUGAUGCAAGGUGACCACCUUGUGUCUUGCUGCUAUGCUCACCCUUGUCAAGGUGUAAGAAUAGGUGAUUUGAAGGUUAAACUGUCACAUCUGCCACACCCUCACCUUUCAGUUUGGUUGUUCUUCACCAUGUUUGAUUCCUCCUACACAUGUUUCUGUUUCAUUUAAUCAGUUUAGUUCACUUAACUCAUGAUGUCAUUGACCUGUUUGCUAUCUUUGUUUAAUCAUGCACUGGGCUUCAUACCUACAAAGUAUUAAUUUUUGUUUGAAAAAUGGCCUAUUACUUAAUAUGUUACUUUCUUUAACAAAAUACAAAAAACUCUGUAAAUUUUUUUUUGAAAAUGAAUGUUCAGAAAUCUAAAAUGUUUUCUUUUCUACUGACACAGUAAUGCAGAAAACAGAAAAUAAACAUGUAAAACAGAAUGUAUAUAAGAAAUCUAGUGUGCCUAAGGCUUUUGCAUUGUACAGUAGUAAUUUUACAUAUUGCACUGUACUGUUCCUGCAAAAAACAAAAUUCAUGACAUGAUGGUAAAUCU